AUGGCGGACUACGACUAUCCCCAAUCCCCUACCAUGUCACAAGAUCGGCAUAUGGGUUCCAUGGCUGCGGCCCUCAGAAUGAAACUCGAAAACCUCCCACAACUAAACAUGCACAACCUCAGCGUUCACCACGCUCAGCAGAAGAGGUUAUCAGUCGAACUGAACUCCGCCACUUCAUCUCGCUCAGCACAUUCCUUUUCCUCCCAACAAUCAGACGACACCGAUGCCACAGAUCUAACCGUCACUCCCAACCGGUCACGAGCAAGCACAUUUGACAACGCCGAGCGAAUCACCUCUCCUCUGGUCCAGACUGUUCAAUGUAAGCCGCCGUUGAGAGUGGUUCUGGGUACCGCUUCGGUCGGAUCCAAACUUUCCCCCCUCGCCAAAAUCACCACUGUUGAAGAAGCUUCCAAGUUUGUACAACUCUUCCGAUCUCGGGGUUACGCAGAUAUCGAUACUGCCCGAGCAUAUCCAGUUGGUCGUGGUGGUACUUGCGAGAAACUGUUGGGUGAGGAGGAGUUGCGACUGGGCAAAUGGGCCAAUGUAUCCACAAAGGUCUCAUCCUUUAUGCCUGGAUCUCACCGAGCCAAGAACAUCGCCAUGAGUAUCGAUCGCUCCCUUGAGGCCCUCAACACUGAUGCCGUCGAUGUCAUGUACCUGCACGCACCCGACCGAGCCACUCCCUUCAAGGAGACCUGCGAAGCAAUGAACAAGGCCUACCUCGAGGGCAAGUUUGAGCGAUUCGGUCUAUCCAACUACUCGGUUGAAGAAGUCGAACAAGUCAUCAAGGUCUGCGAAGAGAAUGGUUUUGUCAAGCCGUCUGUUUACCAAGGGCAAUACAAUCCUAUCUGCCGAGGUGGUGAGGAGCGCCUGUUUGCCGUCCUCCGGGAACACAACAUUGCCUUCUAUGCAUACAGCCCCUCGGCUUGUGGCUUCUUCUCCAACAAGGUCUCACGAGCCUCGACCAAAGACAAGAACAGCCGAUGGAAUAUUGCCUCCCCCCUAGGUGCCAAAUAUGCUGGUGACUACUUCCACGAUCCCCUCUUUGCCGCUGCAGAGCUUGUCAGACAACAAGCCAAGAAAUACGGCAUUUCAGGCCACGCUGCCGCUCUUCGAUGGACCACGUGGCACUCUCAACUAGGUGCCGAGUACGGUGAUGCUGUCAUCGUUGGUGCCUCCAGAAUCUCUCAACUCCAAGAAAACAUGGACAUUCUUGAACAUGGUCCCCUGCCCGAGCCUCUCGUCGAGACGCUUAAUAACAUCUGGGAGGAUGUUCGGGCCUUGGAAAAGGGACCCCGCUUUUCCUUUGUUUAA